AGUAAAACAUUCGUAUUUAUUCAAAUUUGCCGCGUUUCACAAUAUACUUAAGGCAGAAGGCGUCAAAUAUUCAAAGCUAUGUCUCAAUAUCAUGGGAGGCAAAGUAGUAAUCACCGACGCUCACGAAGUAAGGAUUCUACUUUUAGGCACAGUACGGUUCGUCCUCCAAGAGCCUUAGAAACACUUAAUAUUGAUACAAAUCAGAUGGGAAAAAACAUGGAGAGGUUUAGUACAAGCCGAAGAAGCAGCGUAAGUAUAAACAAAAGAGGAGGAUACGAAACUAUUAAAGAUCCACGACCGCUUAAUGACAAAGCUUUUCGAGAUAGAGCUUUGCAAGAUUUGAUGAGGUAUCUAAGAGAUGUAGGAUUUGUUGAAAGCUAUACAUUACAACAGUUGAGAGCACCAUCAAAGAAAAUAUUUUUGGACUUAUUUCAAUUUAUGUACUCUCAACUUAAUAUGGCCUUCAAAUUUGGAUCGAAAUCAGACGAAGAAGUAAUCCAAAUUAUAAAAUCAUUGGGUUACAAAGCGAAUAUAACCAAAUCAACGUUAUAUUCUGUCGGUAAUCAAUUCAGUUGGCCUCAAUUGCUUGGUUUCUUCGACUGGUUCCGCCGAAUUCUUGUUAAUGAAAAUGAAAUGGAUAUGACAUCGACCAAUGAAAUGAUGGUUCCUGACGAUCAAAAUUGGCUUCUUCGAGAUUACUUUCAAAAAACUUACGCCUUGUAUCUGCAAGGAGCAGAUGAUUUUUCAGACGAGAGGGAAAAGUUCGAAAAAGAAUUAUUGGCAGACUAUGAUUGUUCGGAAGAAAUAAGUGAUUUAGAAUCUGUGCAAAAUGAAAUAUUACAAAUGACGGAGGAAGCCGAGAAUGAUUGCACAAAAGAACUUGAAAUGGAGCUUCGACAAUCUGCUGCAGAAGUAAAAGUGCUAGAGAAUGACCUUUCAGAAAUCCGUUCAGAGAUUGAAUCGCUUGAAACUUUACUUCAAACUGCCUUAGAUUACGAGAAAGAAUUAGAUAAUGAAAUGGCUCACGCACAAGCUGAUGCUGCUGCUUGUAAACAAAUUUUGAAAGAAAAAAAUCUAACUGUACAAAAAUGGAAGGCUAUGGAAGAGCAUACAGAGAGAGUAAGGGAAGAAUUUCAAGCUAUUGUUGAAGCUGUGGAAAAUGAACGAUAUGAUGCCCAAGAAGUUCUCUCUUUGCAGUUUAGCCGAAAAUUGGAAGUAUUAAAAAAGAGUGUAAUACGCUACAAUAAUAAGAUAGCUGAUAGAAAUCUGUUGGAUCCUUCCUUGCCCGAUGCUUUUCCUGGCAUAGCUUCUCAUGUAAAAACAAGUUUAAUUAUUACAAAUUUGUACGCCAAACUAGUUCAACAGAAUGAAUUAGAGAUGCGAGAGUUUUUCGAUAAGAUCUGGAAUCAAUUAAAGGGAAAAAGAGAUGAAAUUCAGCGAGGAUUUAAGAAAACUCAAGAUAGAAUUGGAGAAUGUGAACAAGCUUUAUAUAAAACUGGAUUAGAGCAUCUGAAAAUUAAAAACGGCCUUGAAAGCAUAGAUAGAAAAUUAACAAACAUUCUGAAAAAAGAUCAAAGUUUAAAAGAGCAAUAUUCUGACGCUUUAAAUGAGCUCAGAGAAGUGGAGGAGAAUAAUAAUUCUAUAAAAUCUGAUAUGACUCAAAUCGUAAAAUUACUAACUACCCAUAAUGCUGAUAUAAAAGAGUUUAAUUUCUCUUUGAAAUGUAAGUUGGAAGAGCAUACGAAAGUGAAGGAUAUGUUGGAAAAAGAAUAUAUGUUGGAAAUAUCAGAAAUUAAAACGGAGAAGGAGCUUUUUAUUCAAUUAACCAAGGAUAAAUUAGCGGAGGCAGAAGAAUUGGGCCGGAAAAGAAGUUCAUACUUUGUUGAACAAGCUCAUAAGCUGACAAAUUUUAUCGAGGAGAAGAAACGCUUUAUCGAAGACAAUAGAAAUGAAUUUUAUCGUGUGUUAGACCAACUAGAAAAACUCAAAGAUGAUUUAAAAUGAGAUUAUCAUUUUUCUCAAUUGUAUAUGUUUCAUUCGUUGUUUUUUCUUUUCUUUUUUACUUAAACAACCUCCUUCUAUAUUUUUCAAUUACAUUUUCUUUGAUGUAAGAUAAAAAA